CCUCUAAUAAGAUCAGUCCUCGAGAUCAGUGAAUAGAAAAAGAAACCUCAUUGCGGAGAUGACAAUGGACCAGAGCUCCGGGAGAGUGCGGUCCUUCGGGGAGCCCGGGUGAUGACAGCAGAACGGACCUCAUUAAAUCAGUCUGGGACAAUCGCAGCCUUUUGUAUCGUCACUCGGGCACAUAGCAAAGGGGUCGCUUAGUUGUGUGGCAGAGAAUAUAAAAAGAAAAAGGGUCGCGGAGGAGAAGAGAGUGGAGAGCCAGUAGCGAGCUGCCCGCCAUCGAACGACAUGUCCGCCGGUAUGCUGACCACGGAGUCGCUGGGUGCCAAGAAACUCCACAGCUCCCUUCUGUUCCUGCUUCUCGCGAUCCUGCUCUGUAACUGCCAGCCCGUCCCCGACUGCUGCCGCCACAAGACCUGCUCCUGCCGAAUCUACGACCUCCUUCACGGCACAGGCAACCACGCCGUGGGCAUAUUGACUUUGGGCAAGAGGAAAACAUCUAGCCAGGCUUACCAGAGCCGGCUCUAUCAGCUCCUCCACGGCUCUGGGAACCACGCUGCGGGCAUCCUCACCAUGGGGAGACGGGAGGAAGAAGAGAGCCGAGAUGACAUCGGGAUGGAGGACAGAGAUCCGUACAUCACAUUCCCGUGGUUCCCAGAAUUAUCUGUCCAGGACAGCUCGGUUAGCGCCGACCCUACGCCGUGUGACCACCUUAGCCCCCAACUCGCCGAGCCACUUAACGCGGAACCCCCCGUGCAGGACCUUCUGCGGAGGUGCUUUGUGAAGAGGGGGGAGGCACAGAUGAACUGAGUGUGGUGGGGUCCAGUAUUGGUGUAGCAGGGGGAUUGGUAAUGCAUCUGUAAAAUGAACGCCCUUUCUAAGAGUAAUUUAAGAUAACGGCAGAUGAAUCGUUUUAUUUAAUAAUAAAAAGAAGUAUGUCGACAUUAUAUAUUUGCUAAUUUUUAAUGUGAUAUGUUAAUUAACUGACGGCCCCUUUCUGUCAAAUUUCAAAUAUUGCAGCUUUGUCCGGGGGUAGAGGGCGGAAAGGGGUGAGCAGGUGAAGCUGAGGGGAUACAGAAAGUUCUGGAAGCUCCGUCCACCAAAGAUAGCAAAGGAUUAAAGUGAACUGAAAACUA